AUGGGCGGCUGGUCUAGCAGUGCUGUGCUGGGGCUGUACCGGGCGCUGCUCCGUGCAGGGCGUCACCUUCAGUACACAGACCGCAACUACUACCGCCGCGCUGUGGCCCGUGAGUUUCGCCGCUGCCAAACCCUGACUGCACCCGAAGACAAGGAAGCAGCUCUGAAGAGGGGCCAGUUCUUCCUCAGCAGCCGACUGGGUGGGCUUAUGUAG